AAUCGAUAGCGGAAUCGAUGAUUUGACAGCCCAGUCGAACAAACGCCGAAAGUGACAGCUGUGGAGAUUCGCUAAAAUUGCAAAUAAUUUAUUAAUUGUACAGAACCGGCUCGCAUAGCACACACAAUAUGUUGAUCAAAGUCAAGACCCUGACCGGCAAGGAAAUCGAAAUCGACAUUGAGCCCACAGACAAGGUGGACCGCAUCAAGGAGCGAGUGGAGGAGAAGGAGGGCAUUCCUCCCCAGCAACAGCGUCUCAUUUUCUCCGGCAAGCAAAUGAACGAUGACAAAACCGCGGCGGACUACAAGGUGCAAGGCGGGUCGGUCCUCCAUUUGGUCCUGGCCCUGCGAGGCGGUGAUUCCAUCCUGAUACCUUGUCUGUAACUAGCCUGUUGAUAGGCGGAGAACAUUCAUUUAAAUUCACUCAACUAUAUUAAGCUUGAGAAGCAUCGUGUGGAGAAUGAUAUAUGUAAACUAUAAAAUCUGAACAGUGGUUUGAAGAGAAAAUAAAUAAUACUGAAAAUUGGA